AAUUGAGGCUUUGUAUUUGGGACCUAGCCCAUUUCGAAACCUUUAAAUAACACAAAACCCUAAUUCUGACAUUUCUCAUCUGCAGCUCCGUUUCUUCCCAGCGGCAAAACAACCCUAGGGAUCUCUCUGCUUCAGGCGACUAAGAAAAAUUAAUCAUGGGUAAGGUUCACGGAUCAUUGGCUCGUGCCGGAAAGGUCAGAGGGCAGACUCCAAAGGUGGCGAAGCAGGAUAAGAAGAAGAAGCCCCGUGGCCGUGCCCACAAGCGGAUGCAAUACAACCGCCGCUUCGUCACUGCCGUUGUUGGCUUUGGGAAGAAGAAGUCACCAAAUUCAUCUUCAAAGUAAAUUGGAGGCAUCAAUAGUUCUCUUAGAAACUUGGAUUAGUUGUUUUUCUGUUGUGACAUUAUGUUAUUACGCCAAACUAUGGUGGCGUUUUCUCGUUUGGGAGUUUGAUUGUUGGACAAAAUUUCCAUGACUUGGUUUUAUCUAAUUUUGAAAUCUGGAUGAUCAUUAUUUGCUUGUUA